GACAGUUUUUUCCAGGUGUUGCAGCAGGCACCGCCCACCAGCCGUCUGUCCCCCCCUCGCCCCGGGACAGUUUUCAGGCAAGGGGGGGGGGGGUUGGGCCACUGGUAGGACGACUCAUCGGUGCUCCUGGAGCGCCCUCGGACAGACACGCACAGCAUUGAGGAGGACAGCAAAGCCACAACUCUGCGUAGUCGACAGCAGCCUGCACGCAUCAGCACGGACGAGUUUAGUUAUUCCUCUUCAGGGAAUUGCUUACAAGUUUUGUUUUUUUUAAAGUUAAGUUUGUUUGUUGUCGGACUUGGAGGGGCAUCACGGAGCCUUCUGUAGCUGCGCAGACAGGAUGUCGGAACUUUCCGUGAAUGACCACCUCGAAGGGAUUUUAUCAGAUUUUGAAGCACUGAAGAGAUCCUUCGACGUUGAAGAUGUUGAUGAUGUACCAUCCUUCUCCACAACCUCUCCCAUUUCUACUCCUGUUUUCCCCUCUUCCUCCAAUUUCUUCCUCAACCAAAACAAAGCCAGUGAGGGGCGGGGAGGAGGUAGCCAGACCCCUUCAUUAGCCUUCAACAACAACAACAACAACAGCUUGGGCUCUACAGCCCACCACUCCCACAUCAGCUUGAGUUCCAAUCCCAGCCCAGUGCGCAAGUCCUGUACUGUGGUCAACAGUCUUUCCUUCAACCGAGGAACCAUGAGCAAGCCGGCCAUCAACAACAAUGGUUCCUCCGUGACCAGAGCUGCAUCCUUUCAAAGCAGGUUAAACCCCAAUGGCUACCCCAUGUUGACUGGGCCAGGCAGUGACAACGAUAGCCUCCACAGCUCCACAUCCAGCCUGGAGUACUCUGGAGGUGGUGGUGGUGUCCUCACCCUUACUAAACAGGAGUCAUAUUCCAGCCCUCCACCUCAAGGGGAGUACCACCGAACCCAUCCCCAGUUCCUACAACAGCACCUAGAAGGAGGUGCCAAUUUUGGAAAUAACCCCAACUUGAAGAAGUUCUCCUCCCAUGGUAGUGUUUUCAACCUUGAGAUGGACCUGGGGCCAGGGAUGAUGCGUAGUGUUCCAGAGUCUCGAGGCAUGAACCAUGGCUCUAUGCCUAGCCUAGACCUCCAAGUCCGUGAUGGAGGAGGAUUGAUGAAUAUGCAAAGAGGUGGAGGCAGGAUGUCUCCGGGCCUAAAGUAUGAAAGUGCUAAUCCUAACUGGAAUGGUCAUCUUUAUAGUGCCAGUUCCUAUGGAGAGGGCUGUGGCUCCAAAAACAACUUCCAGCAGCAAAGACCCCAUAUUCUCAAGGCUCCCCAGCUCAAGGCCAAAGAGACUCCACGUCUCAACAAGUUUCCCUUGGAUCUGGACAGCUUGGUAAGCAGCACCUCAACCACUUCUCCCAUCAUGGCUCGAGGAUCAUUGAGCCCCAACUCCCCUAAUCCUCCUCCAAGGAACACAGGAGACCAACACCAUACCAGACCACCAUCUACCUCAGCCAGCCCUACAGCCUCUGUCAGCAGCCUGGACAGUUCUUCUGACACCCCCCCCCUCUCCUUUCACCGUCCUUUUUUGCCUUUCUCCCCAUUUACCCCAACUGCCUCACAGGGCUCCAUCCUUGCACCAGAAAUAAGUUGCUCCCUGGUGCCCCUUCCUGCAGCCCAUAGCACCCAGCUAGAGAAUCCCUCACGGUCCCAAGUUGUUCAAAUGAUGCCCAAUCUGCCUAGCCCUUACAGCCCCUCCAGCCCCAGGGACGUUCAGUCUUUGGAGGAUGGUGUUGGUGGUGCCGGAGAUAGUGUGGGCUCAAUCUUACAGAGAAUCGCUUCCUUCUCCCAGCAUAUCAUCACUGACAAAAGCCUAACUGCUGGCACCCAGUGCACUACAGUCCAAAGCAAUGGUGGGUUGUCUUCCACAUCUGAGUGUCCUGCUGUGACCGCACCCAGAUGGAAACAGCGAAUGAAGAAAAAAGAAGAAACUGCUGGAGAGCUAGAGACAAACACGCUCACCCUAAUGGAGGAGAGACAGGAAAAGGAAAGAAGUAUCAUGGGACAAGACCACGAGGGCAAGACCCAAGGACAACCAGCCACCAUGAGUACUCAUAAUUCCGCGACAGAAAAAGAAGAGAACUGUGUAGAGGUUCAUACAGAGGUGGAGGAGAAGGGGAAGGAGAAGGAAAUGGUGGAAGGAGACAUGAAGAAAGGAACUGAGCUGGAGGCAGAGGUUAAGGACCUGCAGAUGAGCUUGAUCCGGGGAACUGACCUGUUUGGCUAUGUGGGCAUUGAGGCAGUACUAGACCAGAUGAAGAGCAAGACCAUGAAGGCCGGCUUCGAGUUCAAUAUAAUGGUUGUUGGUCAGAGUGGUUUGGGGAAGUCCACGCUGGUCAACACUUUGUUCAAGUCCAAAGUCAGCCGGAAAUCUUGCACGCCUAACUACGAAGAGAAGAUCUCCAGAACAGUCAAACUACAUACAAUCAGCCAUGUGAUUGAGGAGAAGGGGGUGAAGAUGAAGCUGACAGUGACUGACACUCCAGGAUUUGGAGACCAGAUCAAUAAUGAGAACUGCUGGGAGCCCAUAGUGAAGUACAUUGACGAACAGUAUGAGCAAUACCUGAGAGAGGAGCUGUGUGUCAACCGUAAGAGGAGAAUACCCGACAGCAGAGUCCAUUGCUGCAUCUACUUCCUCCCUGCCACUGGACAUGGGUUACGCCCCAUCGAUGUUGAAUUCAUGAAGAGGUUGGGGAAAAUAGUGAGCGUUGUACCCGUCAUUGCCAAAGCCGACACACUCACCAUUGAGGAAAGACAAGAGUUCAAAGAGAGGAUAAAGCAAGACUUAGAAGCCAAUGGGAUUUGUGUUUACCCCCACAAAGAGUAUGAUGACGAUCCAGAAGAACGCAUCUUGAACGACAGGAUCAGGGAAAACAUUCCCUUUGCUGUUGUGGGAACAGAUAAGGAGCACCAGGUGAACGGAAACAACGUGCUUGGCCGUAAAACAAAGUGGGGAAUCAUUGAAGUUGAAAAUGUGGCGCAUUGUGAGUUUGCCAACCUGAGAGACCUGCUCAUUAGGUCUCAUCUCCAGGACCUGAAAGACGUGACGCAUAAUAUCCACUAUGAGACCUAUCGAGUACAACGACUCAAUGAGAGCAACAUGAACUUCAUUGAACUGGGUCUGUCCAAAUGGCCACUGGAGAAUGGAAGUGCGGACAAAUGUGAAUCAGAGAGUCACCUCUAAACUCUUAUCAGCCUGCUUCUUCUGUACCCACUUAGGAAUGCUGAUGUUGCUUUGUCAAUCCCAAUGAAAGACAAGGCAAAACAAAGCUGUUUUGUUCCGCAUAAAAAUUAGAUGGAGAAAUUAUUUUUUAUUGUUUUUCCUUUUUUCCAUUAUGGGACAAAGUAGUGGAUUCUUUUUAAAUGAAAAAAAAAAAUCUUCUUACAUUAAUAAACAUAUGUUAAUAACAUAAGAAGUGCAUAACUAUGGAUAAAAUAUGAUGCAUAAAAAUGUAUAAAAUAUGGGUAUAUUUUUUAAAUGUGAGCUCAUAUACUGUAUAUUGACACCACAAUAGGGUGCAAUGAAAGGAAGCAUCAAUGUUAUUCUCCAAAUAGCAUCAAAUGUCUUGGUAUAAGCAAUAUGAUACAUACCCCAAAACUCUGUGGACAGUCCAGGCCUUAUCACCCAACAUUAUUGUUGGACUUUUCUAAACCUCUUGUAGCUGAAUAGUGGUAAUGAAAGCUGUUACAGCAGCAGAUUUACGCCCAUGGUGUCAGCAGUGCACAUUCAUUCAUCUCAUAUGUAUGGAAUGUUAGGGAUGUACUCAUACUUUUUACAGGUAAUGGGCAUUGCAGCGCAUCAUUUUUGUCUACAGGUCAGAUGUGUAUAAAUGUGAUCACAAGGAUGUUGAACGUGAAUGUUUUUGCUUGAGGAAAGGUUGUGAAUUAACAAGUCGCUCAUAUGUGGAUAAUGCUUAGAUUUGUUUCAGUUGCUUUUUAUAAAAAAUGGGUGCCUUUUAUACUUAAUUACCAUCAGAUAUAUCUGACUGUAGGAAAUAUAAAUUAAAUGAUUAGAUUAGAUUUCACUCUGCUAAGUUUAAACAUUUGCUAGCCUCGUUUUCCAGAUCAGCAUGUCCACAUUUGCAUUGAUUGAAAACUGAAGAUGCUAUUUAUGUGUGGAACGGUAUUUGGCACGCACAAGUGCUACAUUUUUCAAACUGUGCAGUCCACAUUUAAGUGCCAAAACAACAGAAAAAAAUGUUUAAUUUGUCUAGCUCUUUUAAGAAGUAAAGUACACCCAAAAAAUGAAAUAAAACUCAUUAGUAUGUGAUCUGAGCACAUACUGUAAUGCAUUGGUGUAUUUAUUUUAAAACAUUGCAGAGGGCUCCACCCAGUGGAGAAAACAGGAAGAAGGCAUAGAUACUUGUGUCAACAAGAAUAACUACAAGGCCAAAUAUUUGUCACACAAGUUACACUGAACAGCCACAACAUGAAUACCUUCUUGUUAAUAUUUUGUAGGUCCCCUUUGUGUUGUUGUUGUUUUUGUAGGUGUUUUCCAUAUCAUUCUUUCAGUUAUGGGCCUUUCUUUUUUGUUCUCCUUUUUUUGGGAGUUCAUUAGUAAGUAUUAGGUAGUAAGUAAUGCCACAGUAAUACUAAUAAUAAUGCUAAAAAGGAACUCAGGACCCUGGGUUUGAAGUUCCACCAUCGACAACUCUACUUCUCAUGGCUAAAACUUCACUACUGAGGUGAUUUUUACUCCACACUGUUUUCUCACAGUGCAAUGCAGUGCAUUCUGGCUAUCUUGUUCUUUUUUUACCUAUUGAGCAAAAGGGUACACCAUAGCCCAUUUCCCCCCAUUUCUCUGGUCAUGUACCUCCAAUUUCACAAGUAUUUGCAUCUUUCCACAGCAUAGACAGCCCAGUUUUACAUAGGACCAUAUUCCCAGCGAUGAAAUACUUCUUUUAAGUCACUGUACAUCCGUAUAAUCAAGAUUUUCAGUAGUAUGCUAUAAUAACGCAAAGUGUAUACACAAGAUUAAUUUCUCUAAAGACCCAUUAGAAGUGUGUGUGUUGUCAUCAGAGAUCCUGCCUUCUGCCUGUAUUUUCUUAUUUUCUUAUUACAUUGUUGUAUUUCUAAGCAACGUAGUUAAUGCCUUUGUGCAGCUCUGAGUAGCUCCCAGCCAAUAACUUAGUUUGCUCCUUAAUGACAUUUGAGUAUCUGAGGACCACUUAUUUACUCUCAUCACACAAUCACACACUCUGGGUGCUAUUAUUAAUAUUCUGUUUCUGUUGACUUAACCAGUAUUAAAUAGCUACUCCACACUCAAUCUUGUUUUGCAGGAGAACCAAUAUUGCACUGACCUUACUUGGUUUUCAGGUUAAUGUACGUUGCAUUUCUGAGGUUGGUUAGGUUGGUGUAUACAAGCUGUAUGUAGCAAUGGACUGUAAAGUGCUGUAGUGUACAUCUUGUGGCCAGAGCAGACAGGAACCACUAGCUGGCAGCACAAGCAGGAUUUUCAGACUGGUUGUAGUUCUGUUUAAAUAACAAAAUGAUAAAUGGUCAAAGUGGUUGGUUAAAUGUUUAAGAUAGGGCCAAAUGGAUUAAAAGGUGCAUUUUCAGAUUUAUCAGCGUUAGUGUGAGUGCAGUUACUGGUGGCAUUUUCCAGUUAUUGUUGCAACACGCUAGCUCUACCAACAGCAUUUGCAACAACGUUGUCAAUAUAAAAACCUUCUUAAUUGAGAAAAUUUGUUUUGAAGUGAAGCCAGAUGUAAGAGUGUUUUUCAGUUUUAUGUGGCCAUCCUUAUGUAGCAUCAUUCCACCAAUCUGACUAAUUAGACAUUUUCACUUCUCAUAGUAGGAAAAGCACAAUUGUUACUAAUUUCAUUGAUGAUGUUGAAAUGUUAAGAUGGCAAAGUAUGUUCAACCGUCUUUCCAUGCAUAAAUGAAGAUUAAACUAUAUUUGUAGAGAAGUUCAA